GGCGUUCUUCACUUGUCAGGGAUCACAACGUGCUGGUUUAUUUACAUUUUCUGUAUAAUGUAAUCACAUUGCAGUGAGAAAAAUAAAUAUACAUUAGGUGCAUGUUAUAACCAGGAUUUAAGUUGAUUUACCUGAAAACUAAAGUGUCUUACAAAUUUAAGGAAAUAUUAUACUAGCUGGAUAUAGUGAUUUGAAAAUAAUAAACUACCAUGGGGAACUGUUCCGGGAAGAACGCCAAGGACGCUCACGCAAAUGACCGGAAGCGGGUAUACGAGGCGCAGGACACACUGGUUCGAAACCUGGUGGACGCUCCGGACGGUUCUAAAUCGUACGAUGAAGAGGAUGCAGAUUCUGUAGGUCCGGGACAAAGAUAUAGCGACGAUGACAAAUAUGACUGGGACCCGGAUGAAGUAUUCCCGCUCCUUCCAACAGACGAGGCUGAACGUCGGAAAGGGAUGAAAAAACUGCGGACCAUUGUUAGUCAGACUUAUGACGAGAUUGACAGUAAAGUUAUGUCAAUAAAAAUAGACGACUAUCAGUACCCGUUUGAAAACCUCGCAUUUGAAGGUGGUGGAAACAAAGGGCUUGCUUACUGCGGCGCUAUUAGGGUUUUGGAGGAGAUAGGAGCUUACAAGAAUAUCAAACGUUUUGCCGGGUCUAGUGCCGGCGCCAUGACGGCUGCACUGCUGGCUGUGGGCUAUAACUCGCAUGAGAUUGAAGAAUUUCUUAGCCAGGACUUGUCCAAAAUAUUUCUAGAUCAUUCUUGUGGUUACUUCAGUCUACUGCCUAAUCUUAUCAAAGGUUACGGCUGGAACCCAGGAAAGAGAAUAUUUAAAUGGUUCGGCGAGGCACUUGAAGCGAAGACUGGUAACGCAGACAUAACAUUUAGCGAGGUUUAUGACAAAUACGGGAGGGAGUUAUGUGUUGUUGUCACCAAUCUAAAUAUGAUGAAUGCAGAAUACUUUCAUCCAAAAACGUCACCGGAUGUUCCAGUUAGAGUCGCGGUGCGCAUGUCCAUGUCUAUUCCAGGCUUGUUUCAGGCUAGUAAAUACGAUUUGCAUGGUGAAGAGAACACGUACGUUGAUGGGGGCGUGUUGUGUAAUUAUCCAAUCAACUGUUAUGAUGGAUGGUGGCUAUCCAUGAAAAUGGAGGACAGUUUCUUGAACAAACUACAACCUUUGGAGAAUUUUCCCAAACUGUUUGAAAAGAAAGAGAGAUUCGGUACAUACAAUGAAACAACACUAGGUUUCCUUCUAUAUGCCGAUAAUGAAAGGGACAUUUUGCGAGAUAUUCUACAACAAAGACUCGGCGUAGACUUACCUCCCUUUCCAGACACAAAACUAGCAAAGGAGAAGAUUCGAAAGAAGAAAAUGCAAGAGAAAGUAAAAUUGGUACACAUACGCAAUCUUCAUGCAGUCAGUGCUUUUCUGAAGGUGCUGAAGAAACACAACAAAGACAAUGACGACAAAAUAAGUAAAUCAGAGUUAAAAAACGCCCUUAAUGAUACAGAAGAGUUCCCCAAGCGUUACGUUGAGAGAUUGUUUGGUAGAAAUGUCACUGUAGAUGAAGCUAUGGAGGCUCUUGACGAAGACGGGAAUGGCGAGGUGUAUUAUCACGAAAUAGUUCAUUUCAUUGAGAGAACUGGUGUCUCCUUACAAGCCCGUUUCCUUGGUUACCAAAGAAAGGAAAUCAAAGGACUGUUUUCAUUUUUCGACACAUUACAAUCAGCACUGCUCACCAACGUAAAACGUAUCCACGUAGAGGAGAGAGAUAUCGAAAGGACUGUCGGGAUUAACACAGGUCAUGUUGGAACAUCUGAUUUCAAACUGGAAGUAGCUGAUAGAGAGUUUGUGGUAGAGCAAGGGAGACGUUCAACUGAGUCGUUUUUACGCUAUUAUGUAGUAAAGAAUGAUCCACCAAAGAAGUCAACGGUAAAAGUUUUAAAGAAAUCCACCGCACAAUGUAAUGAUGACACUCCUGGUCCGGUUAACGGACUUGCUGAACAUGUUAAUAAUGUCACUGCACAAACUGACGGUAAAGCUGGCACUGAAACAAAAGCAGAUAUCAAUGUAUCUAAUAGCAAUGGACAUAUUGAAAUGGAAUAUAUAGACAGUGAAAAUAAUGAUGAAAAUAAAAACGUACCGGUUGUGUCUAAAGAUCAAGAAGAGCUUGAUGACUCAAAAUUUGAGUUAAAUGAACAUGAUGCGUCGACACAAAAGUUGCUGACAAAGAUGGACGACAAAACUUGAAAUCAGUAAGGAUCAGCUCAUGUUUCAGAUCGUUGUGAAGUUUUAUUAUGAGCUUUUGCUGUUGACAAUGCAGUACUUUGUGUUCGUAAGACAGGAGGGCGUUCGUCGAUCAAUGUUCUCCUGUCUUUCAUUUUGUAAUGCUUAUAAAUAUGGCGCUGGCGAUAUUGUUCAGUUAUGUCCUCGAUAUUGUUGUAUGAUAAUUUUGCUUUUAGACCGAACGGGUCCAGUUUUCAUUUAGCAAAUGUUUAAUUCUCUCAUUGAAUGAAUAAUUUAAAUAUGAUCUAGAAAGCCAUGCUUCACUUAACAAACCAUUAAACAUGCAACGGUUAUUUUUUACGAAUUCACCAAAAUAUAUUUAUAUAAAUUGUAUCAAGAUAUAUUUAAAUAACCUAAUGAGAACCCGUUGUUGAAAUUAGUUCCUGCUUAUGCCUGUAAUUCUUGUUAAAGAAAGCAAUUUCAAACAGAAUAAAGAUAAUGUUAGUGUUCGUUGAAACGCCACCCAGUUGUUUUGUAAAACAAGUAUGUUUCUAUUCAAGUUUUUGAUUAAAAGUAACCGCUUGGAACCACUUCGAAUACUUCUCAGUCUUCCUCCACCAUUAAAGAUGAAUUUGAUUUCUUGUUUUGCUGGUACUUGUUUAUAUAAUUUUGCUAAAUUUGAUGUUGAAGCAGAAGAAAACAUGUCUUGGCAUAAGCAACAUAAAAGCUCAAGUACUAAAUUGUUCGUGUAUAUUUGUUGUUGACAUUGUUUCUCAUUAACUAAACUUUUCAUUUCUAAUGUUCAUGAUUUCAACUUCAUUCAAAUGUGAUAAAGAGUCAUAAUCUCUUGGCUGAAUUAUUAAUUGUAAAAAAAUUAGACAAGCUCAUUGACAAGUAAAGACUUCUGCGACAUCUUUAUAUAUAUAUAUAUAUAUUGUAUGCAUAAUUAUAGAUUGGCGGUAAUGUGAUUGAAACAACCUAAAUUUUAAUCAAACUCAAAACAUUUAGAAAAUAUACAUCAAAAUUAAAGAAAGCACCUAUAAUAAAUUUAUAUUGUAUUUUACAUUAUUCUUUAUAUGACUUAUGAAAUAUAUUAAAAUAAGUGUGUUCACUGUUAAUGUUAUGUAAAUUAUUUUUUGUAAAAUACAUUUAUAAUUGA